AUGACGCCGACAAACUUAGCGAUUGCGUGCACCACCACUGCUGCAGCAUUACUCAUUAUUCAACACAUUUUAAAUAAAAAAAAGAGAAACAAACGGAAACCUAGAUGGUGGAGGAAAAAAUUGUAUCGUGAAAGAUUACAGUGUGGAAAUAGGCUUAUGGAAGAUUUAAAUUAUGAAGAAAGUGGGGACAAAAAUUUUGUGAGAAUGAGUUUGCAAGAUUUUGAAAUAAUUCUUGAAAAGGUUGAGCCUGAAAUAAAAAAAAUGAAUACUAAUUUUCGAGAAGCUAUCACAGCCAGAGAAAGGCUAUCCGUGACGUUAAGGUUCUUGGCCACCGGGGACUCAUAUACAAGUGUACAAUAUCUGUUUCGCAUAUCUAAACAGUCCAUAUCUACUAUUAUUAUUGAAGUGUGUGAUGCAAUUAUCAAGGCUCUCAAGGAUCAUGUGAAGGUGAGUUAA